CUCAUGUUUCCAUCUCAUCCAAUCCCCACCAUUCAAAUCAUUGUCACCCAAGAUCACUCGAUCUUAGGCGGCUACCUGCGAUCCUUCUAGGCUUCACCAUAUCUACCGAACCAUGAAUCCCCUGAUCCUUUAGCACUCGACACACCUCUGUCGCAGUAUCUGUCAUCCGGUCUGCCUGUCGAGAGCCCCUCACAACUCCGAAUCUAGCCCUCAAGAUGGUACAGGCGCCGAUGUUGUCAUGUCCGCUCAAGCAGACACAAGAGAUAGACUGGAUCGCGCCGCUCAAGAAUUAUAUACGCACUUCCUACGGAGAUGAUCCCGAGAAGUACUCGGAAGAGACUGCCACACUUAAUAGGCUGAGGCAGGACAUGAGAGGGGCAGGGAACGACUCAGCAUCAGGCAGAGACCUGCUGUACAGAUACUAUGGACAACUGGAGCUGUUAGACCUGCGGUUUCCGGUCGACGAGAACCACAUCAAAAUCUCGUUUACCUGGUACGAUGCCUUUACCCACGCCUCGACCACCCAGUACUCGUUAGCUUUCGAGAAAGCCUCAGUCAUCUUCAAUAUAUCUGCCGUGCUCUCUUGUCAUGCAGCCGCGCAAAACCGGUCGGAGGACAAGGACCUCAAAACGGCAUACCACUCUUUCCAGGCGUCUGCCGGCAUGUUCACCUACAUCAACGAGAAUUUCCUACACGCGCCCUCCACCGACCUCAAUCGGGAUACCGUCAAAAUUCUGAUAAACGUCACACUGGGUCAGGCGCAAGAGAUAUUUUUGGAGAAACAGAUUCGGGAUGCGAAGAAGCCAGCGCUUUUAGCGAAGCUCGCUGCCCAAGCACAAUUCUUGUUCGGUCAAGCGAAGGAAGGUCUGGAGGGCGAGAGUUCGCGUGACAUAUUCGACUACACGUGGUUGAAGUUCAUCCAGAUCAAGACACUGCACAUGGCCUCGCUGGCUGAAUACUAUCAAGCACUGGCAGACGAUGAAACGAAUCUUCACGGUUCUGCGAUCGCUCGGUUACAACUUGCGGAGAAAUCGAGCAAGCAGGCCCUCUCAAAUGCGAAAGCAUUUCCCUACACUCCUUCGCCGUCAUCACAACUUGGGCCUGAUACCGCAACCACAUUGCAGACAAUCACCCGAAGACAGCUGGAGACAGUACAAGAGAAAAUCUCCUCAUUGGUAAAGGACAAUGACUUCAUCUACCACCAAACAGUCCCUGUGGAAGCCUCGCUAUCUCUAGUGACCAAGCUCCCAGCGGCUAAAGCCAUACCGCUUUCCGAGCUUUACCAGGGACAAGAUAUCCAGAGAAUCAUCGGACCUGAUCUAUUUCAGAAAAUUGUCCCGAUGUCGGUCACGGAAUCUGCCAGCAUGUAUGACGAGGAGAAGGCCAAGUUGAUCCGAUCAGAGGCUGAAAAGGCUGAUCAGGCUAACGGAGAAAUGGCCGCAAGUCUUGACUAUCUUAAACUCCCAAACAGCCUGAACAUACUGAAAGGGGGACUGGAGCAGGAGAUUGGCGUCGACAAGGAAUUUGAACGUUGGUGUCAAGAGAUCGCCCAGCACCAACCUUUCAAUAGUGCUUUCGAACACCUACAAAAGGACAAGAAGAUGGUCUUGGAUAGCCUUUCAAAGAGCACGAAGCAGCUCGACAUGGAAGAAAGUGUUUGCGAGAAGAUGAGGUCGAAAUACGGAGCGGACUGGACGCAGCAGCCCAGUUCUAGGCUCACGUCGACCUUGAGAGCGGACAUCAAGAGUUACCGAGAAACUAUCGACGAAGCCGGAGCGAGCGACGCGCAACUUUUCGCGACGGCCCGUCAGUAUGAAGUUGAUUUCGAAGAGAUGAAAAGAGCUGGCGAGCAUGGCGAAGCUGAUGUCCUAUAUCAACAAGCCCUGUUCAAAGUAAGAGGGGAGUCUAAAGGCAAGGGUAAAGAAGCUCAAGAGGGCUCUUUGUUGGACGAGGACUACGGUGAGGGUGGCCCGUCGGUCGCAGAACAGAUUGGGCAGGUGGAAGACCUGUUACGGAAACUCAACCUUGUCAAACGCGAGAGAAUGCAAGUUCUGAAAGAUCUCAAGGAGAAAGUCCAUACCGAUGACAUAUCGAAUGUUCUCAUCCUGAACAAGAAAGCAAUCGCCAAUCAGGAGAGUCAGCUGUUUCAGGCGGAACUGGAGAAAUUCCGCUCACACCAGAAUCGCCUCAUCUCCACCGUGCACAAGCAAUCUUCCCUGCUCAAGGAAUUGACAAAGACUUAUGGCGAUCUCCUGCAGGACAAGAGAGUCCGAUCCGACCAGCAGAAAUAUGAUGCCAUACAAAAAAGCAGAAACAGUGUCUUGAGCAAGUACCGAAGGGCGUUCAAUGCUCACGAAGAUCUUGUACAAGGCCUGAUGCGAGCACAGGGCUUCUACAAGGAGAUGAAAGAGAGUGUUGACAGUCUGGAAAAGAACGUCGAUUCUUUCGUCAGCAACCGCCGAGCAGAAGGUGCCCAGCUACUUCAUCAGAUCGAGCAAACCAAGAACAGCUCCGCAAGUGGUCAAGCUGCUGCCGAACAGAAGCGAAUGCAAGAGUUGAUGAACAGAUUGUCUAUGGAGCCCAAGUCAGCCUCUCCUUCACAAACCGAAGCUCCUGCUCUUCCUACGCUCCCGCCCUUGAACGCGUCGAGAUCUCCUGCUGCCAUCUCAACAUCCUAUCCCGCCACUAAUCCAGAUCCGCGAUUCACCAUUCCACCCCGUCAUUCACCGGCGCCAGUCAUGGCCAACGGCUAUUCGAACCAACCUCAGCCACCAACUCAACCUUCCAAUCCCUCACCAAUUGAUUCUCAGCAUGCCUUUGCCCAAGGUGCUGCAACGCCUCUUACCACUGGCUACAAUCCAAUGGCUUACCCUGAGCGGUCGAUCGCCUCCCCAAGCCAACAUCCUGGCGGCCAGCAGCCGUAUGGGUACUCCCCAGUGACAUCCCCUCCAAGUGCAUCGACGAACACUUAUUUCACUCAACCACAACAACAACAACAACAACCAUUACAGUCUCACACACCAAUCCAACCCAUGAACUUCAACGCGCCCGGCGGAAGUCUUCAAUAUUCGCACCAUCCUCAAUACAGCUAUCCUCCUCAGGCAGGAACACCUGGCGUGCCGUACCAAUCUCCGUCACCACUGCCGCAAAUGCCUCAGUCACAGCCUCAGUAUCAGAACUAUCAGCCUUCGCCGUACAACAUUCCGCAGAAUUAUGUCCCUCCACCGCCGCCGCCAGGGCCACCUGGAGGAGGGUCGGGGACGCAAUAUCCUCCCAACCCGGCAGGAGUAUGGGCUAGUGGGCCCGGAGGGUACGCGAGCUACACGCAACCGACUCGAUAUACCCAACAGCAGCAGGGUCCACAGCAGCAGCAACAGCAACAGCACGGGCAGGGUGGAGGUCAAGAGCAAGAUCCUUGGGCGGGCUUGAGUGCUUGGAAGUGAGGAAUGCAGCAUGCAAGCAUCGUACGAUAGGUGGCGGGAGGUCAAGGGCAGACAAGAUGGAAAUGAAGAUGCAGCAAGCGAUGAACACUUCUCAUGGAUGGAUAGUUGGCACGAAAUGGAUUAACUGAGGUAUUAUCCAUGAUUGGAGACCCAUCCCGACCUGAUUGGCAUGACAUCGCACAGGCCCCAUUACCCUGCCGGGCUCACGCGCCAAUCUUCAAGUCCAAACCGUCCAGAUCCUCCUUCGUAUACUCAUCAUGCCUCUUGUAUCCCAAGCCGGGCACGCCGUUCACACCAUCCUGCCUCCCCAACGGGGUCAUGUCGAGCCAGCUUAGGGUCCCGAUGAGAUGCUCUCCACCUCGAGCGUAGGUGGAAUAGCUAUGAUACACCUUGCCCUGUUCACCGACACCAGUCUUCUCUCCACCAAGGACAAAGACGGAAUGACCGGGCUGGUCACCUCGGGUGAAGACCUGCAGCCCACGGCGCCCGAGCUCGGCCUCGUCCUUGAAAUUGUACUCGACACGCGCCACUUGGGGGUCCUGCGUGACGUGGAAGUCGUAGUUGAAGCGCGUGCCGUGGCUUGACACCCAGGGAAACGUCCAGCCCAUGCGCUUCUUGUAACGCUCGAUCUUGUUGAUGGGCGCGCGUGACACGGCGGCGAAGGAGGUGCCGUGCGAAUGCAGGUGCUCGAGAUGACGCGGGAUGUGGUCGGCAUAGAGACUGCACGAGGGGCAGCCCGCGGCGUCGGCGUCUGCGUCUGCGUCUUUGUCUUCUUCGCAGGUCUCCAGGUUGAACAUGAAGUGGUAGAUGAUCAGUUGGGCGCGGCCACCGAAGAGCUCGGCCAAGCUUAUUUGCUUGGUGUUGCCCGCGGCGUCGACCGUGGUGAAUGUGUAGGGCGUGGUGACUUCGACCAAGGGGAGUUUGCGGCGUUCUGCGUUCAGCUCGUCUCGAGCACGUGUGAGCUGCUUUUCUUUCUCAAGGAGCGUGAGGCGGAGAGGGCGGUAUUCUUCUUGCGUAACGAUCUGACAUGACCUUAGUUACGGAUGUCGUCUGAGAAAUGCAAUGGUAUGAAGGAAGAAUGUCUGAUGUUCGGCGGGGAAGAACGAUACGGAGGGCGAAGAAUCCUCACCUUUGUAGAUGCCAUACUGGAGCUAAUUUAGAGCUGGGGUAAGUCUCGAAAGGGUGAGAUGAUUUGUGGCCAAAUAGACAACCGGUCUUGAUGAGAUACUCCCACUGAGCGACGCUUCUUGUCUUUUCUUGUGUCUGGAGUCAGAAUUCAUCAGCUUUCAAGGCCAUCUCGCCUGUCUUUUAUCAUCCCC